UAGCGAUUUUAAGGAAUAGAGAUUUUGUAUGGGAGCCGUUUUCUUUUGUUUUCUUUGUUUGUUGAGGGGUUUUUUUUGUUGCUUUUUCGGAUGUUUUGAAAUUUUUUGAAAUUUUUCUUGGAUUUUUAAAAAUUUUUAGGGUUUCUUUAUUUUUUUAAUUUUCAGAUUUUUUAGCUUAAAAAAUGUCAAAAUUCUUUCGUAGUGCUGUUUCUAGUUCAAGUGGCUCGGAAAGUGGUGAAUCCGAUGUUGAGGCUCCAGUCGCUCAAGCGCGGCCACUAGGACGACAAGAUUUUGCAUAUCCUAGCGAUUCGGAAGAUGAAGGGCCGAAACGAGUUGUUCGAAGUCAGAAAGACAAAACAUUUGGUGAAUUGAAGGAAUUGAUUAGAAAUUCGAGAAAUGCUAGGAAUAUUAAAGAUGUUUCAAAAUUGUUAGGAAUUUUUGAGGAACAUAUAAAAAGCUGGGAGAAAGCAAAGUUAAUUCUUGCUCGUGAGAAUGGUGGAAUUCCUCGUUUUUAUAUUCGAUAUUUGGUUGAAGUGGAUGAUUUUGUAAAUGAACAGUGGGAAGAUAAAGAAGGGCGUAAAACAAUGUCAAAACAAAAUGCGAAAGCUCUGGCAACUUUUCGGCAAAAAAUUAAAAAAUAUAAUAAAGAAUUUGAGGAACAAGUGAAUUCUUAUAGAGAAGAGCCCGAUCCUUUAGGUUAUUCGAGUGGAGCUUUGGAAAGCAAUGAGGAGGACGAAAUUGAUGGAGAUGAGAUUCCUAAUAAUAUUCCUGUUGCUGUUCCAGCAAAGAAACCUAAAGCAGUUCCUGUCAAAAAGAAAGUUGUUCGUGAUGCUUCUGGUUCUGAAAGUGAGGAAGACGAAUCUGACUGGGGAACAGAAUCGGAUGAAUCUUCUGCUUCCGAUUUGGAACCUUUGGAAGGAAAGGAAAUGGAAGAAUUACGACGAUAUUUUCUCAAAAAAGAUAAAACCGUAACAAAAGCCAAAGAUAAAGAAGAAAAGAAAGCUGCAUUACGUCUUAAAGAAGAAAAGCGUCGAGCAAUAAUUGAUGAAGAAGAUGCUGAAAAAGAAAAUCAAGUUUCCUGGGAAAAAGUAACAUACAAUAAAGAUGCAGUUAAACCACUUUUUGAUAGUAAAGAAGAAAUUACUGGAGAAUUAGUAAUUAAAAAAUUACAAGAAUUAAAUACAAAUAGAGGAAGAAAAUCAACAAACAAAAAAGUUUAUGGACGUUAUUUAAAAGAACUUUAUAAAGUAACUGAAGAAAAUGGAUUAGGAAUUGGUUUGUCGGCAAAAAUUUUGACGGUUGUAAUUUCUUCGCUUUUUGAGAUGAAUACGAGAAUUAGUGAUGCUAUGGAAUUUAAUUCUUGGACUAAAUCUGUUGAAACAGUUAAUCGUCUUUUAAACCUUUUAAAUGAAAAUCCUAAUGUGAUUAUUUCAAUUUCAACAGGGGAGGAUGAAGAGAAUAUUCUGGACAAAACAAAGCCUUUUCUUAUCCACGGUUCUGUUAUUUUAAUGGUCAAACGUUUGGACGAUGAAUUAACAAAAAUUUUUCAAAGUACGGAUUGUCACAGUACGGAUUAUAUUGAAAAAUUAAAAGGAGAAUCGUCAUUUUGUUCUUUAAUAGAAAAAGCACAAUUAUAUGCUGAUGGUCAACAUAAAACGGGAGUUGUUGAUCAAAAUGAAAUUUUGUUGAUUUAUGGGCUUAGAAUAGAACAGUUGUAUUAUAAGUAUUCAAUUAAUGAAGAGGAAAGUGAAAAAUUAAUGGAAUCACUUUGCAAAGUUAUUUAUUCAUUUAAAAAUGCACCUCUAGCACGGCAGAGAGCAAUGCUUUCGCAAAUAUAUCAUCAUGCUCUUCACGAUCGUUGGCACAAAGCUAGGAAUUUAAUGUUAAUGUCUCAUUUACAAGCAAUUGUUGAUCAUUCUGAUGCUAAUACUCAGGUUCUCUACAACCGAACAAUUUGUCAACUCGGUUUGUGUGCAUUUCGCCAUGGUCUGAUAAGAGAAGCGCAUCAAAACCUUUCCGAAAUUCAAAAUACUCAGCGUUCUAAAGAAUUGCUUGCUCAGGGUAUUCCACCACGUCAAUCUGAGAAAACGGCUGAACAGGAAUUAAAAGAGCGUUCUCUUCAAGUACCCUAUCAUAUGCAUAUAAAUCUUGAAUUAAUGGAAUGUGUCUAUUUAAUAUGUUCAAUGCUGCUAGAAAUCCCCAAUAUUGCCUGUUAUGAAUAUGAUGUUCGUAGACGUUUACUUUCUCGUUCAUUUCAUUAUCAACUAAAAUUCUCUGAAAAAUCAGCACUUAUUGGACCACCAGAAAAUACUCGAGAACAUGUUGUUGCUGCUUCUAGAGCAAUGUUGAGGGGUGAUUGGAUCAAAUGUCGUGAUUAUAUAAUUAAUGAUAAAAUGAAUGCAAAGGUCUGGAAUUUAUUCCGUAAUUCUGAGAACGUCAAAAAAGUUUUAAUUUCACGCAUUCAAGAAGAAACUUUGCGGACUUAUUUGCUAAUGUAUUCUACAAUUUAUAGCACUGUUUUAUUAACGACUUUGUGUGAGCAAUUCCAAUUAAGUCGACAACGAAUUUAUGCAAUCAUUAGCAAAAUGAUUUUGCAAGAAGAAUUGAGUGCUAAAUUUGAUGAAUCAACAGAUUGUUUAAUAAUGCAUAAAGUUGAACCAAGCAAAUUACAAUUACUUUCUCUUCAGGCUGCCGAAAAGUUUUCUCAAGUAUCCUCAAUUGAACAAACUGGAAGUGGGGGAGGAGGAGGACCAACUUCUUUGGCUGGAAUUAUGCCAGCAGAUAAUCGAAGAAUGUAUGGAGGAGCUGAUAAAAGAGGUGGUGGUGGAGUUGGUGGUAGUGAAAGGAUUGGUGGAGGUGCUUUCCAUCGUCCACAGAGAGGAGGAGGAGGCGGUCCUGGUGGAUUGGGAGGUGGAGGUGAACAAGUAACAAAAACUAGAGGACGAUGGGCAUGA